AUGACUACCGAUCAGACUGAUACCCCCGAGACCAUUCUCAGCCUGCGCAAGUCGCUUUGCGCCGAGUCAACUCCCCUCCCCGUGCGAUUCCGGGCCCUUUUCUCCCUCAAGCAUCUGGCCCGGCAUUCGACCGGCGCCGAAUCGAAGGCCGCAGUCGAUGCCAUUGCCGCUGCCCUCUCCUCCCCCUCCGCUUUGCUCAAGCACGAACUCGCGUACUGUCUGGGUCAGACGGGAAACAUGGAAGCAGUGGCCCCCUUGCAGAACGUUCUGAAGGACGUGAACGAGGACCCCAUGUGCCGGCACGAAGCCGCAGAGGCUCUGGGCGCGCUGGGAGAUGCCGGUAGCUUGGACUUGCUAAAGGAGUUCCGCGAUCGUGAGGGCGAGGAGGUUGUUGUCACGGAGACAUGCGAGAUUGCCAUUGACCGCAUUGAGUGGGAGAACUCGGAACAGCGCAAACAAGAGAAGCUGCGCCAGAGUGAUUUCGCCUCUAUCGAUCCUGCGCCUCCAAUGCCAGAGGAACAUAGAACGGUGGAGGAGCUUGGGAAGGAUCUGAUGAACACCAGUCUCCCACUGUUCAGGCGGUAUCGCGCCAUGUUCGCUCUGCGUGACCUUGCCUCCCCUCCUGAUCUCCCUACUGCUAUUCCGGCCGUCCAAGCCCUAGCGAGUGGAUUCGCUGAUAGCUCUGCACUCUUCCGGCACGAGAUUGCGUUCGUGUUUGGCCAGCUGUCUCACCCAGCAUCUAUCCCGGCACUUUCUAAAGCCCUGGCCAACCUAGAGGAGGCGAGUAUGGUGCGGCACGAAGCCGCAGAGGCGUUGGGAAGCCUCGGCGAAGAAGAGGGCGUCGAGGCAUUCCUCAAGCGCUUCCUGAACGACAAGGAGAAAGUGGUCCGGGAGAGUGUAAUCGUUGCACUCGAUAUGGCCGAGUAUGAACAGGGUGGAGAGGCUGAAUAUGCUUUGAUCCCAGAGGCGGCCGGUGCAUCGGCAUGA